CGAGGCGAUCGACCCAGUUCGAUUCCUCUCAACGACUAAUAAUUAUUCCGUGUGCAAGGUGACGACUGCGCUAUUGGACGGCCUUCAAUUAAGGCUUUCGUCAGGCAUUCUUUGAUAAUCCGCCUCCUGUUUGUUUUCUGUUUACGCAAGACUGUUUUAUAAGCUUUUCUUUCGUGUCCAACAGCAGCUGGUUGUCAGUUGCUGGGUACGGAUGCUAGAGGUCACUGGGGAGUGUCUCAUGACUGUGCUUAGGUCUAACGAUUAGAGACGCAUAUCGUCACAGGUGUUGUAAACCAUUAAUCAAUCAAAUAACCAUUUAAACAGGUUUAUAAGCUCUACUUAAUUGCGACUUGUCAAUAUUGUUUUUUUUUUAUAUUAAACAUUUAACCAUUAGUGCGUUUGGAAAAUCUAAUGCUGUAAUUUAACUAUUGAGAUUAUACUAGAAAGAACAAUUUAUGUACAAAUAGUCCUGAAAAGUGAGUGUGGCGUUUUUGAAUGGAUUCUAUAAUCUGAAAUACAUUCUAAGGAAAGAGAGACCAUGAAACUGCAUCGUUUUUCGAUAGGCUUAGUUCCUUUUCUGUUGAAUGUGCUGCGUGCACUGGGUUGUUAUCCCUACAUCUGGAAGAGCAACAACUUCGGAAACGUAGAAGUGAGACGGUCUCUCUCGGCCACCUUAUGGUCUUUGGCCUUGAUGGCCGUCAUGACGGGUUUAUCUGUCACGAGUAUCAUCUAUUCUCCGAGGAAUAUCAAAGGAAUGACAGCCAGAGUCAGCGCGUACAUACUCAACUACGGAACAUACGGCCUUUUGUCGGUCUUCUUUCCUUACAUAGUCCUUAGAAGCCACAGGCUGGCGGGAAUCCUACGCAUUUUGGCGGGAAACGGUGUCAGCAUCAGGGGAUCCAUUGUGACUAAGAGAGACUAUUUCAUUUUCAUAUACAUAGCCGGAACGUCUAGCUCUCUCAUCUAUCUGACUUACGAUGCCUUUAAAAGACUCGGUAAGCUUCAGAUACGGGACCAUAUUAUUUACUUAUCAGUUGGAGGGACGUGUGAUCUUGUCUUUGAACUGAUGGUGGUAGCUGUGAUCCUUCUCGUGUAUUUUCUGUUGAAAAUUGUUUACCUCGAGUGUAAAGACACCAUUGGUAACAUGUGUCUCAAUUUCGAACGUAUAUCUUCGUCUCCUCUGAAGGAAAUAGAAGAAAGACGGAAGAAUAACUACGGGAAUUUAAUUCAAGUGAUGCCAUAUGACCAGUCGCUUAUAAUUGAAGACUUAGUAACGUCCCUGACGAAGCAUGUACUUAGCACCCGAAUCGACACCCGCACCAAGACUGCCCAACAGAAGCGUCUGACCACUUCUUCAGGAGAUGAACCCACACGGCGAACAUCCAACACCAGUUCGUGCCACAACCAGGUGGCCAACUACUUGAUGUCCUUGGAUGAGGCAGUCCUCGAGAUUACGGACUACGCUGGUCCUCUGGUCAUUAUGAUCCUCCUGACCAGCACAGUGAACGCUACGACCAUGCUCUACCUGACUAGCAAGGGGUUAAAUCUGUACUACUGUGCUUACAUCUCGCUGAAGAUUCUGUGCGUCGUGGAGAUUACCCGUCUCGCUGAUCCUUUGUGGUGGAAGAAGGAAGAAUGCCUUCGUGAACUGAACAGGAUCUCUACUAUGCGCAGAUAUUCCGAGACAAAGAAGGCCUGUUUGCAGAAGGUGGAAAAAGCAUUAAUGGCCAGUCCUUCCUUUGACGUCUGCCGUCUCUUUGUGUUAGACAGACACGUUCUUAUUACAGUAGGUCAUGCUGUCAUCACAUACCUCAUCAUCUGUCUUCAGUUUGGGUCUUUGGAGACUCCGGACAACCCAGAACGAAAUUCGACAGCCGAAAAACAUUGUUAGUGUUUUGUAAGAUCCUGGACCUGAGAGGUCUGCAAAAUGUAUCCUUUGCCUAACAAACAAACAUAUCUUCGUAUAAUAAUAAUCAUUAUUAUUAUUAGGAAAAUAAAGCCUUA